AUGGAACCAAAAAUCCCCGCUCCUCCCUACGACGAAGAACUAGCUAAAACCCUCUCAACCCUCAACUUCCCCGUCACAAUAACACCAGACCUCAUCCCCGCCAUCCGCGCCCGCCCACCACCAACCCUGUCCUCCCUCCUAGCCCCCCACCCAACAAUAACCCACACCUCCCUCUCAAUCCCCGGCCCCCUAGGCCCCAUCCCACUCUCUCUCUUCCGCUCCUCCUCCCCCUCCUCCAAUUCCAAUUCCCAACCGCACCCCACAAUCCUCUGGUUCCACGGCGGCGGUUUCUUCUCCGGGCACCCCUUCACCGGCCUCUCAAACCUCCUCCCCUUCACCACCACCCACAACGCCCUCAUCGCCACCCCCACCUACCGCCUCGCCCCCGAAUUCCCCGACCCAGCCCCGCUCAACGACUGCUACGCCGCGCUCCUGUACCUCUCUUCCCAUCCCCUCAUCAACCCCCACAAGAUAAUGCUCGCAGGAUCCUCCGCAGGCGCCGGCCUCGCGGCCGGCGUCGCGCUGUUUGCGCGCGAUCAUGCGGGGCCAAAGAUCGAGGCGCUGAUGCUGCAGGCGCCGAUGUUGGAUGAUAGGUUAAAGACGGCGAGUUCGUGGCAGUUUGUCGAUAGUGGGACGUUUUCGCGGGGGUCGGCUGAGAUGGGGUGGGGGGCUUUGCUGGGUGAGAGGAGGGGAGCGGAGGGAGAGGGGGUGGUGAGUGGGUAUGCGGCGCCCGGGAGGGAGGGGGAGUUGGGGGGGUUGCCGGAGGUUUUUUGUGAGGUGGGGAGUGCGGAGGUUUUUAGGGAUGAGGUGGUGCAGUUUGUGGAUCGAAUCUGGAGGGCGGGCGGGAAGGCCGAGUUGCAUGUUUGGGCGGGGGCGUUUCAUAGGUGGCAGGCUUUUGCUCCGGAGGCGAGGGUGAGUGUUGAGGCUGAUGGGGUGAGGGGGAGGUGGAUUGGGAUGGUGUUGGGGAGGUGA